UUUUAAAUUUUAAACUGAAAUUUGUUAACUGAACAUAAACGCCCUCUCUAAAACUUUACACCAAUUCUGUUAAAACUUAUCCAAACUAUAAUUGAACAUGUGUGAAUUUACCGGAUACUGUCUAUAAUAUGAUACUAAGAGGUCAUGCCGACAGUUGUAUUUUGUAUUACAUUAUUUCUGUAAUUAAAGAAUAUCGAAUACAAAUCUGUGAAAGAAAAGAUUGAAGAAAAUGUCAUUUUAUUUACGUUCUAUUCCAAAUAAAUUUACAUCUUUUGUUAAUAUUCGAAGACAAAUAACUGAUAUUAACUAUCGGCUACCAAAAAAUGUUAAAUCUUUGUUUUUAGAAGAGUUUUUAGAUGCACAAACAAACUCAAUAACAAAUUUCAAAAAAAAGCCUUUGAAUUCAAUGGCUUAUUUGUCAAGGCAAAAUGUAUUAUUUUCUUCCUUUAAUAAUAUUAAAAGUUCUAAAGCAUUAAACAAGAAACAUAAUUGGACUAAACAACAAAUAAUCAAAUUAUAUCAGAAACAAAAUAAGAGUCAAAUACAAAAUGUAACCAAUUCAUAUUUAACAUAUAUGUCAGUAUUAAAAACGAAUACACAAUGGGAAAUUUCACCUGAACAUUUAAAAAAUAAAUAUAAUAUACCAUUUAGAGAAGUGAUACCAGCUAAAAGAAUAUUUGAUAAUAAUGUUUUAUUCAAAUCUGAAAAGGAUAAGAUUUUUUAUGCAGAAAUUUCUCCCAAUAUAAAAAAUGUAAAUGAAAUGCAAACUUCUGAAGAUCGUAAAUCAUUUGAAACACAAUUACAAUCUGUAUUUGAUGUUCUUCGUAAUGAUUUACCAUUAUUGUUCGUUCAAUCAAUGAAUUAUUCAAUAUAUACAAAAGAUUUAAUAUUUAUUAAUAAUAUUAAAGGAACAACAACUGUAGGUAUUGAGCAAUAUCUUAAGCAAAUAGCAUUAUUAAGAUUAGUAGGUCAUUUAAAGUUUGCUUAUGUUAAGUUAAAAAUUUUAAAAAUGACUAUGCACCCAGAAGAUAAUAGUAUUAAAGUUCGUUGGCGUAUAGUAGGUGCCUCUGGUACACGUGUAUUUCUUACAUUUUGGAAAAUUAAAAUGUUUAAUGCAAGAGAACAGGUAGAAAAUAAAUCAGCGUGGUAUGAUGGUUUUUCUACAUUUUAUCUUAAUAAUGAUGGUAAAAUAUUUAAACAUGUUGUUGAUAAAACAAUGCCUGAUCAAAAUAUAGAAGAAAAAAUUAAAAUGCCUGUUGAAGCAAAAUUGGCAUUAUUUAUUGCUUUAUUAGAUUCAAAUUUUGUUCGAUUUUGGUUAAAACAAUAUCCUGAAUUUCUUCAAAUAAAAUAGAAAAUUUAUUAAAAUUUUUUAAAUUAUUGCACUGUGUAAAAAAAAAAAUAAAUAAAUAUUGAAAUUAUAUCUUUUAAUACAUUCUUUAUGUAAUUAUUAAUAACAAAUUAAUCUAAAUAUUUGCUAUUUAGAUUAUUUACUAUUCAAAUUAUAUUUUUUUUUAUAUUUUCAAAAGAUUAAAAUAAUCUAGUGUAAAAAUAUAUUAUUAAUUAUAAAAAUAUAAAGUUAUAUAUGUCGUGUA